AUGGGUCGCAAACCCAAUCAGCUCAUCCUCGAGUUCUUCAUUCGAGGCCAAAAACUCGAGGAUGCUAGUAACCGCUACCAGCAUACGUGUAAAGCCUGCGGUGAAAAAUUCCCCAAGGGUCGCAUCGACAGUCUUACCAAUCACUUGGUGAAGAAAUGCACAGCGAUCCCGCUACGGGACCGCCAACGCGUCUUGUUGCGACUGCACGAACUCCCAGAUCUUGCCGACGGCGACCAGAACAAGGACCCUAAUGCUGCGGGGCAGGGCAAGGGAAAGGGGGUUGACGUGCCUUACACCACGCGACAAAAUUUUGAUGGCCUAAACGUGUUGGCCGAAGCUUCGAGACAGGUGGGUGCUUCCGACCAGACGAAGCGGGGAGGUCCUGCUUAUACACAGUCCGUAACUGUGGGAGGUAAGACCGUGGUCGUCGACCCUGCGCUUGAAGCGGAGGGCUUUCAGGGCCACCCUGCUCAGCCUGAUCAAAUGGAUGAAGAUGUGAAGCCACCGGUGUCCCCUCUAUCGCCUUCGAACGCGACAGUGAUUCCCUCCCUCCCUCCGACCGGUUCGCUUGACCCGACCUCGUCCGCAUCGCCGCCGCUGCCGGAGACUUCUAUGACUCCCGAUCCAAACGCCACUUCUCGGCAGUCGCAGCUGUCUUUGAUCGCCGCAUCUGCUAGUGAAAUGAUGGGUUCUGCAUGGAACCAGCAGCUUUCGACGCAGGAACAGUUGCUCUUUGACAGCCUCCAAGAACAUGACCCGACGCUGACCGCAGCAACCCAACGCGCAGCCUCCUUCCCUCGCCCCAUUGCCAUGAACCCGAACUCACAAACCAAGGGUUUCGUGAACGAGUUUGGCAAUUCGACCAAGCCCGCUAAGCCCAAGGUUCGCGGUCGAUUCUCCGCUGCUAGGCGCCGAGAGGUUCAGGAAGUGAGGAAACGAGGCGCGUGCAUCCGCUGUCGCAUGCUUAAGAAACCCUGCUCCGGUGACAGUCCGUGCACAACUUGCGCAAGUGUCGAAAGUGCGCGUCUGUGGAAGCAUCCGUGUAUCCGCACCCGCAUUGCGGAUGAGUUUGAACUGUAUAAUGCGAAUUUGCACGCCACAUUGGCUUAUCACGAUGUCAAUAGUAUUCGGAAUCAGGUCAAGUUCGAGCACUACGCCGGUCGCAUUGAAGUGACUCAUUUUGAAGAGAGUAUGAUCUUUCUCACUUUCAGUGGCCUUCAAGCCCACAAGGCGUCGACGUCUACCCUUGACCCACAGCUUCAAGGCCUUGGGGAUGAUACUCAGUUCCAGGGCCCCCUUCAGGAGCUUUACCUGCUAGAUAGCGAUUCCGAUGAUCUCCCGGGAAAGAUCGAGAUCUACAUCAAGAAGACCGCGCCGUUCUUUUACGAGCGCGAGGCAUCCGACGUUAUGAGGCCUACUUUGAUCCUGGCGGCGGAGCUGGCCCAGCAGAAGAAGGAUCUGCUAUUGGAAAGAGUAUUGGAGCUAUGGGUUGCUACUCAUAUACUGGUCGAUGCAGAGCUGCACUGGAAGACCUUCUGCAACCCAACCCUGACGCCUACAGCGCUGCAAUCGCUCGCUCAGCCUACGGAUGAUGGUCGGAUUCCGAUUGAUGAAGUCACAAACGCCGAGUCGUAUGCCCUGCUGUGCGGUCAAUUGCGCUCGGCAACAGAGAAGCGCGCGGCGCAGCUAAGCAAGUCGGUAAUGAACGACCUAGAGCGGCGACUGCUUCAGCGCCAGCAAAGCGGCUGGUUUGAGACAUUCUUGGUGUCACUUAUUCUUCUCAACUGUGUGGAGCGGACAUGUUGGCUCUUCCGGUCUUGGGAUGACGAGAACUUUGUUCAACGCUGGCCCCUUGACAAGCGCCCUCCAUACUACGCCAGUCAAGGUGACCGGUUUUCCGACAUCUUGCAUAUGCUGUUGAAAAUGCGAAGCUUGCCACCAAAGGCGAGUCCGGCGCCGGACACCGGGAUUCUGAAGGCUGUCGACGGCAGUGAUGAGAACGCGAUCCGCUGGUUCGACAUGAUCAAAAUCUCCUCACUCUUCCUGGAACAGCGCGGGGCCGCUGUAUUCGAUCCGACUGACUCUCGGUCAUUCGAUCUUCGUUACGGAUCGAAGCUUCUGCCACCCUCGAAUGUGUACUCCUCUUGA